AGCAGCGUCUGCGCGGGCCAUGGCGGUGAGGCGGCAGCCUGACGGGGCCGCGGGGCUGGCCGGCCGCUCCUGCCGGCCGCCAUGCUGGCAGGCAGGGCGGCGGACGGGCGCCGCCAUGAGCCGAGCUGUGCCGCUGCUGGUGUUGCUGGUGGCGGCUGCCGGCCGGGCCAGCGUCUCGGCCGCUGCCGGCCCGGAGGUGCACAGCUUGCGGGGAAGCUGGCGGCUGGGCAACGGGAACGGCUCAGUGGUGCUCCGCGGGGAGGUGCCGGGUUGCGUGCACACCGCCCUGCAGCGCCGGGGCCUCAUCCAGGAUCCAUACUAUAGGUUUAAUGAUGUGAUGUACAGGUGGAUCUCACUGGAUAACUGGACUUACAGCAGGACGUUCAGAACUCCUUUUGACAUCCGAAAAUGGCAGAAAGUGAAUCUGGUUUUUGAGGGAGUGGAUACAGUAGCACAGAUCCUGCUCAACAAUAUCACUCUUGGGAGAACGGACAACAUGUUCAACAGAUAUAGCUUUGAUAUUACCAGCGUGAUCAGGGAGGUCAAUUUUGUUGAGGUCCGUUUCUUGUCAGCCAUUUCAUACGCAGCAGAGCAGAGCAGAUGUCACAAAGCAUACAGCAUACCCCCGGCGUGCCCUCCACCUGUGCAGAAAGGAGAGUGCCAUGCUAAUUUCAUCAGAAAGGAACAGUGUUCAUUUAGUUGGGACUGGGGGCCUUCUUUUCCCACUCAAGGAAUCUGGAAAGAUGUUAAGAUUGAGGCCUACAACCAUUACCACCUGAUUUACUUUUCUUUGACUUCUUUCUUUGUAAAGAGUGCUCAGCAGUGGAGUCUUGAAAUUGAGUCUAUUUUUGAUGUAGUCAGCUCCAAGCCAGUUGCAGGUCUUGUGACUGUGGACAUUCCCAAACUGCAAACACAGCAAACAUUCAGUGUGAAGCUUCAACCUGGAGAAGGCAGCAUUGUGCUGCUUGUAAAUAUCAACAAGAGUUCUACAGUAGAGACUUGGUGGCCAAGUGGGCAUGGAAAGCAAACUGGAUACAACAUGACAACAACUUUCAUCAUGGAGGAAGGAUACCAGAUUGAGAAAUUUUCAAAGGCCUAUUUUCGGACAGUAGAACUUGUUCAGGAGCCUAUUCCUGGCUCACCAGGUUUGAGUUUCUACUUCAGAAUCAAUGGGCGACCCAUUUUCAUUAAGGGCUCAAACUGGAUUCCGGCAGAUUCUUUCCAGGACAGAGUGACCUAUGACACAUUAUGGCUACUCUUAAAGUCUGCUGCAGAUGCUAACAUGAAUACUCUUCGGGUGUGGGGAGGAGGAGUGUAUGAGCAAGAUGAGUUUUAUGACAUUUGCGAUGAAAUGGGAAUCAUGAUUUGGCAGGAUUUCAUGUUUGCCUGUGCACUGUACCCAACUGACCAGAACUACUUAGAAUCUGUGAGAGCAGAACUUUCUCAUCAGGUAAGGCGUUUAAAAUCCCAUCCAUCAAUUAUCCUGUGGAGUGGUAACAAUGAAAAUGAAGCAGCAAUUGCCAGCAACUGGUUCUCCAUACCUUAUGCUGACAGAGAAGUCUAUAUCAAAGACUACGUGAUGCUUUAUGUGAAGAACAUCCAAGAAAUAGUUCUUGCUGAAGAUAGGAGUCGUCCUUUUAUUGCAUCCAGUCCCACCAAUGGCUUGGAGUCAGUUAAAGAAGGUUGGGUCUCCCAGAAUCCUUAUGAUACCCAUUAUGGUGACACUCACUUUUAUGACUACAGCAGCGACUGCUGGAACUGGACAGUGUAUCCUAAAACUCGCUUUGCUUCAGAAUAUGGGUUUCAGUCCUGGCCUUCCUUCAGUACAGUUGAAAAGGUUUCUUCCGUUGAGGACUGGUCCUACACAAGCAACUUUUCUCUCCAUCGACAACACCAUGAAAAUGGUAAUGAUCAGAUGCUUCAACAGAUUGGGCAUCAUUUCAAGCUUCCUCAGAGCACAGAUCCUAUAAAGAAGUUCAAAUACAUGAUUUACCUCACUCAGGUGAUGCAGGCUCAGUGUAUAAAGGCAGAAACCGAAUUCUAUCGUUUUAGUCAAAGUGAAAUAAUCAAGGGAGAAGGACACACCAUGGGAGCUUUGUACUGGCAGCUCAAUGACAUCUGGCAGGCACCUUCCUGGGCUUCCUUGGAGUAUGGUGGCAAGUGGAAACUGCUCCAUUAUUUUGCCCAGAACUUCUUUGCACCGCUGCUGCCUGUGGCCUAUGAAGACAGCGGUGUGUUGCAUAUUUAUGGUGUCUCGGAUCUUCACGUGGACCGCAAGCUGGCUUUGAGGGUCACUGUGCACUCCUGGAGCUCUUUGGAGCCAGUGUGCACCCUUGCCAAAUAUGGUGUGACUGUUAAAGCACAAAGUGCUGGCCCCAUCUACAAGGAGUCCAUAAAUGACUUGCUGGAGAGAUGUGGCAAUUGUACCAGGAGAAGCUGUGUCGUUACCUUCUAUCUUGUGGGAGAAGAUGGGCUCCAGAGUCCUGUGAACCAUCACUUCCUUUCCUCGCUGAAGGAUGCUGUAGGGUUAGAGAAGACCCAACUGAAGGCCUCUGUAUCCCAACGAGAUGACGUUUAUGUGUUUGUUCUCCAGACCAGGGCAGUGGCUGCAUUUGUUUCCCUGGAUGUAGGGAGUAUAAAGGGCAGAUUCAGUGAUAAUGGUUUCCUUAUGACAGAGAAGAAGAAAGUGGUUGUGUUUUAUCCUUGGGAACCUACCAGUGUUGAAGAACUGGAAAAGUCCCUAACCUUGACCUCUCUGGUGGAUGUUGUCUGACAAUACUUAAUAUCCUUCUAAGAUAAGGAGGUUAAAAAAAAAUAAUGAGAAGAGUUUAACCAAAGUUGAAGUGAUGUACAACUUGAGCUGACUGGAGAACAUCCUCUCUGUUCAUGUCUUGUGUAAAUGUUCACUGCUGAUUCAAUGUAAAGAUGGCACGAGCAAAGCUUGCAUCUGAUGUGUGGUGUAUUGAAAGCAGGCUUCCUCAGGUGCUGAGGAGAACACCUCUCCUGUACCAAAUGGGAGGGGUGAGGUGGUGCCAGAGAGCUGGUCUGAGCUCUCCACUCCACAGGAGCUCAGAGUUGUGAAUUCUUCUGCACUAAGAGGCAACACAAGUGUGCCUCCAGACUAUGGUUGUAGAAGUCUGUAUUUAUUCUGUUUUCACUAUGCAGUUGGAAGAAAUUCAUCCCAGAGGAAUA